AGUUUCCCAGCGUUAGUGAAAACGAUCAGUGAAAUAUUAUAACAUUCAGAUGGUUUGUUCCAGCAUUGUGCUCUGAUCAUAUAAUAUAUUACGCUCAAGUACCCAUCAAUUAUUUUUAACACAAGGAGGGAAAAGUGGAAAACAAUAAUUUUGGUUUUUAUAGUUUCACUUCCAUCUCCAAUACUGACUAAAUACCCUAACUACAUUUUAAAUAUAUUACACAACUUGGUAAAGCUCGAUACAAUUUCUAAAAUAUGUGUUGACUUUCGCGGAUUCAUAUGUUCAUAAUUUAUUCAAAAAAUUUUUGCUCGUCUCGAACUACUACUGAACAAGUUCAAUUUGUUGCUGGAACGUAAAGAGUUUUUAUUAUUACUUGAUUUUGAUACAACUGAUAUCACGCAUGAUCAAGUAAUUACAGUCUACUGGAACAAACCUAAUGAACGGAUCAUCACAAUCGCAGUUUUCGAAAAGUUAUACUUUUAUUAAUAUUUUUCCACACUACGGGCAUGGUAGAAAUGUCAGGGUUAUUUAUAUUUUGCAACAUUUAGGUAUUUAAAGAAAUACAGAAUGUUCGCUAAUCGGAUUAUUAGAACCAUCACCAAUACAAUUAGUAAACAUGCUUAUGGUCCUUCGACAAGAGCAAUUAAUAGUUACUCUAACACUAUUUUUCUUAAACAGAAAAGUGCAUGUAACUUCCUAUUAGUUAGGAAUUAUGCCAAAGGAAAAGAUAGGAAGAAAGAAAAGGGCAAAUCAAAAGUUUUUAUUAAUGAAAGUCAACUAACUGAUGUUAUCAAUUUGGAUUCAAUGAAAAAGCAAAUGGAAAAUGCUAUCGAUACAUUAAAAGAAAAUUUUAUAAAACAUUUAUCAAUAAGAUCAACAACAGGUUCCAUCGAAAUGGUAUCUGUGAGUUUAGAUGGGAAUGAACACCUUCUUCAAGAAAUUGCUCAAAUUGUGAGAAAAAAUCCAAAGACAGUAGUAAUAAAUAUGUCUACAUUUCCUCAGGCAAUCCCAGCAGCUUUAAAGGCAUUAGCAAAAUCAGGAAUGAACUUGAAUCCACAACAGGAUGGCACCACAAUUUAUAUUCCGAUUCCAAAGGUUACGAAAGAACAUAGAGAAAAUCUAGCCAAAAGUGCUAAACAGUUUUUUGUGAAAUGCAGAGAUGAUAUAAGAGACGUACAAAUUAAAUACGUCAAGCAAACAAAGAAAAAAGAGUCUGUAUCUCAAGAUUUAGCCAGAAACAUUGAGAAUCAAAUAAUUUCAAUAGCUGAUGGUUACAUAACUCAAGCAGAAACUAUUUGGGAAUCCAAACAAGAUGAACUGAUUGCAAAAGAAUAAGACUUCAGUACAAAUAUGUAUGAAUUAUGAAAAAUUUUUGUUGAUUUAUCGAUAAAACAGUGGUGCUACAGUACAUACGAACCUUCCUUUGCAAUUGUCAACUAACAAAUUUUCAAAUAAAUUUCAUUUGUGGUUAUGAAA